AUGUCCAAUGUGAGCGUGUGCGUGCGGUUCAGACCGCUGAGUCACAAGGAGAGGAAGGCCAAUGGUGACAAGGUCUACUUCAAGAAACUGGACUCGGAGUCUUUUGUUUUCAAGGAUGAGAGGGAAGAAGAUGUCAUAUUCAGUUUUGACAAGGUGUUCUAUGAAGAUGCGCAACAGUCUGAUGUCUACAACUUCCUUGCAGUGCCCAUUGUUUCAGAUGCCAUCAAUGGAAUAAAUGGGACUAUAAUUACUUAUGGUCAGACUGGGGCGGGAAAGACGUAUAGCAUGGAGGGGCCAAGCAUCUUGCAUUGCAAUGAACAGAAAACUGGACUAGUACAGCGAGUUGUGGAUGAGCUUUUUGUAUGUUUAGGAUCAUCAGCAAGCACGUGGACUGUGAAGCUGUCAAUGGUGGAGAUAUAUUUGGAAAAAGUUAGGGACCUUCUUGACUUGUCCAAAGACAACCUGCAGAUCAAGGAAAGUAAAACCCAAGGAAUUUACAUUUCUGGAGCAACAGAGAUAUCCAUCCUGAAUAGUUCAGAUGCAUUAGAAAACCUUUCUCAAGGAAUUGCCAACAGAGCUGUUGGGGAAACACAGAUGAACCUAGCUAGCAGUAGAAGUCACUGCUUAUACAUUUUCUCAGUACAAUAUGGAUCCACUUCAGAUGAGAGGGUAACAUCAGGGAAGAUUAUACUUGUUGACUUGGCUGGUUCUGAGAAAGUUGAGAAAACUGGUGCUGAAGGACGUGUUCUUGAUGAGGCAAAGACAAUCAACAAAUCCCUCUCAGCUCUAGGAAAUGUCAUCAAUGCCUUAACGACGGGUAAACAGAAUCAUGUGCCUUUCCGUGACUCAAAACUUACACGCAUUCUUCAAGAUGCGUUGGGUGGCAACUCAAGAGCGGCGUUGCUGUGCUGCUGUUCUCCCAGCCCAUCGAAUGCACCAGAGAGUCUGUCUACGCUUCGCUUUGGAACCAGGACAAAGCUCAUAAAGGCUUCUCCCAAAUUGAUCCCUGAGGCAGUGGAUAACACCAAGAAGCCCACCAUCGAGACUCAUGAUCAAGACGAUCUGCGCGACAGGAUACUGAGCAAGCUAAGGUUGAGCCUGAAGGAGGAGGAUGUGGAUUUGCUGGAAGAACUGUUCGUGCAGGAAGGCAUCAUCUUCGAUCCCAAUUCCGUCGCGGACUUCGACUCGUCGUGCCGGGACACUGCAAGCGAGGAGAUCUCGUUGCUGAUGCAAGCUGUGGAGGAGCUCAAAGAAACUGUGGAAGAGCUCACGGACGAGAACGAGAAGCUAAGGCGCAACCUCCAAGUCGCGCAGGAGAUGACCGCUCAGGCCCAGCUUGCUGCGGCUGCCAACGCCGCCGGAGCUGCCUGGAGCCGUACUCUGCUUGAUUUCGUGGCGGCGGUCCUCCUCCGGCCCUUUGGGAUGCACACGUGGCUCAGCAUCCAGCCGUUCGUCUCCUCCCUGGCACGAAAGCUCGCACAGCCCGUCCCGCCUCCUGUCCUCUUCCACCUCCCGCCCCAAUCCCCGCUCCUCCUCCCUAUCCACCAUCACCAUGGCCACAGCCACCGCCUCCGUCUCUAUCAUUGCAACGCCAUCCUCCACCUCCCCAGACCUCCGCACUUCCGCCGGCUCCCGCCGCCUCUCCCCGCCCUCUUCACCCGCAGAGCCGCGAGCGUCGGGCUGGGGGCCGCCCGUCUCGGCCCGAAGGCGAGGGCAAGCUCCGUACCGCCACCGCCUCCAUUUUUUGAAACCGUAGAAGAGGAGGAGGAGGAGCGUGGGUGGUCGGAUGCGGAGGCGGGCUUUAGUGACGAGGCGGAGGAGGGCUUUAGUGACGAGGCGGAGGAUGAGCAGGAGUGGGCGGGCGGCAACGGCGCGGCGCGCGGGGAGGACUUGGGCGCGGACGCCGGCGAGGACCUUAGCGGGUUGGCGCGGCAGUGGCCGCGCCCGCGGGAGCUGUUUGUGUGCAACCUCCCGCGCCGCUGCGACGUCCAGGACCUGCUCAAGCUCUUCACGCCCCACGGCACCGUCCUCUCCGUCGAGAUUUCACGCGAUGCUGAGACUGGAAUUAGUCGAGGAACUGCUUUUGUUACGAUGCGUUCUUUAGCAGAAGCUCGGACAGCCAUCAAUGCUCUGGAUGGACUUGACUUAGAUGGGCGCGAAGUUUUUGUUAAACUAGCAUCUGAUGUCAUUUCCAAUAGGAAAAAUGUGAACCUGGCCCAUAUAACACCCAUGAAGGACCACAUCUUUGAGAGCCCGCACAAGAUUUACGUCGGCAACCUUGCGUGGUCUGUUCAGCCCCAAGACUUGAGAGAACUAUUUACUCAGUGCGGAACCGUUGUUAGUACAAGGCUGCUGACAGAUCGCAAAGGAGGCAGAAAUCGAGUGUAUGGGUUCCUUUCAUUUUCUUCCGCUGAAGAGCUUGAGGCAGCGUUAAAGCUUGACAGAACGGUCUUUUUUCGGACGGGAUAUCCUAGUAAAGGAAGCUAUUGUAGAGCGCCAGACACGCUGAGACGUUGA